AUGGCGCUCACUUUUUUGCCUCUCCUGUGGGAAGUGACAGCCUCUUUGAGUUGUGCUGGUGGGAAGCCUCACACAGCGGUUUGGUGCCCUGUUGGCACGCAUGUGGGCUUGUGUGGUGUGAGCGCUGCCCUGGGAAACGCCUUCUGCUCUUUUUGUGUGGCUAUCUCCUCCAGUGUGGCAAACUUUUGUGAAGGGCUGCGUGAGCCCGUUGUGCUUCUCAGCCGUUACUUGUGGCGGGACCGAGCGGGACCGAGCUGCACCUCCCGCGGCAGUUUGGAGACUGCCAAUCAUCACAAGUACACAAAUUCUGAGCGCUGUGUCCACCGGCGCAACUCCUCCUGCCUCCGCUGCUCUGGAUUGACCCCACAGGCCAGAGUCGCUCCAUCUCUGGACACUAGUAACCAACUAUAG